UUUGUUGUCGCGGUCAAAGGGCUUUCUCUGUCAUCUGUCCCUGAUUGAAAUAUUCAAAUUGCAAACUGUGAAAACAUUAAUUUGGAUUGCAAUUUAUCCUAAUCCUUUUGCCCAUCCCUGAAGUUCACAUCUCACGUGGACAGUUCAUAUACAACUUCUUUUCUAUUUUUAAUAUUUUUGUUGGCAGGUCACGCAUCAGUCAACUUUGAGCGUCAUUGAUUCUCUUCUUCCAUGAGUCCCAAGCUUCCUUUUUCUGGAAGCUAUUAUCAUUUGGGGGAUGUUCCUUAUUUUCACGAUGGAUCUUUUCUCCUAUAUUUGGCAGCGCUUUAGGGAACUCCAUAUACAAAGCUCACGUUUUCUUAUUCAUUAUAUGUUUACAUUGACAUGAGAGUAGAGAUGGCAAUGGGUCGGGUGACCUGGUGCAGCCUAACUUGGCCUGACAUAUGUGGCCUGUAGGGCUGGACGAGGUCUGAACUAUCUGACCUGGUUUCUUGUGCUAGGUGUGGGCCUGACAGCUCAUGGCCUGGGACCUGGUCAAAUAUACAGAAAGGACAUGGCUUGUUCAGCAGUACCAUCUGGCCAGGCCAGGGCAAGGGCCGCCCCGAUUAGGCCUAUAUGAUAGGAAUGGAUUAUGUUUCACUAGGGUUUUGAAUGGGAACGAACUAUCAGGUUCUUUGCCAGAAGAGAUGGGCAAUCUUCAAAACUUGUUUGUUUUACAAAUUGACGAGAACAAAAUAUCGGGAACAAUUCCAAAGUCGUUUGGAAACUUGAAAUCAAUAGGACACUUACACAUGAACAAUAAUUCACUUAGUGGAGAAAUUCCAGAGGAAAUUUCCUAUUUACCCAGUUUGGUCCAUAUUGUGUUGGACAACAACAAUUUAACAGGACCUCUUCCAGCAGAAUUGUCAAACCUGGCCAACUUGCUUGUUCUUCAGCUUGAUAACAACAAGUUCACAAGCAGUCACAUUCCAAGCUCCUACAGUAAAAUGUCAAAGUUGGUUAUAUUGAGGUUAAGGAACUGCGGCUUGGAAGGAGAAGUUCCUGACUUGAGUGGGUUAUCUUUGCUUGACUAUUUGGAUCUUAGUCAUAAUGGGCUUUCUGGACCUAUACCAACGGGGAGACUUUCUGAAAGCAUUACUACAAUUGACCUGGCAAACAACAAUCUUAAUGGAUCCAUUCCUGCAAUCUUUUCAGGCCUUCCACAUCUGCAAAGAUUGUCUCUUGCCAGGAAUCAGUUGAGUGGUUCAGUUCCAUCUACCAUUUGGCAGAAUAUGUUAUUUAGCAAAACGGCAACACUUAUUUUGGAUUUCCAAGAUAACCGGCUUUCAAACAUUUCUGAUACAUUGAAUCCUCCAGAAAAUGUCACCAUUAGGCUGCAAGGUAAUCCACUUUGUACAACCUCCAGCCAGUUUGUUAUGUCUGAGUUUUGCGGGCCUGAGCGCGGAAAUGAGGAAAGAGUUAACAGUACACCAAUUGAUUUCUCGUCAUCAUGCCCUACAGAUAACUUUUGUGAUUAUGUUCCUAAUGCACCACAUUGGUGCUUUUGUGCAGUACCUAUUAGAGUUGACUAUCGGUUGAGGAGUCCAGGGUUUUCAUCUUUCCUUCCCUAUAAGUCAUCUUUUGAGGAAUGUUUCACACAAGGUCUAAAUCUUGAGAUUUAUCAGCUAGACAUUGAUUCUAUUUCCUGGGAGGAAGGUCAUCGAUUAUGGAUGCAUUUGAAAAUCUUUCCCCAGUGCUGCAGUCAACAUAUUUUCAAUUCAAGUGAAAUUCAAAGGAUAAAAGCUUUGCUUACCGGGUGGAAAGUUUUACUUCCAAAUGUAUUUGGGUCUUAUGAUGUUCUCAAUUUCAGCCAUAAGGGACCUUUUGACACUGCAACUGAUGAAUCUUCAAAUUCUGGAAUAACCAUUGGUGCUCUAGUUGGGAUUGUAUUAGGAGUUGUUGCUGUUUCACUUGCAUUUUCUGGAACUAUCUUUCUGUUUGUCACGAAGAGGCAUACACAGCGCCGCCAUGGUAGCUUAAGAACACGUCCAUCGUCGAGCAUCCCUAUCAAGAUUGAUGGAGUCAAAGGCUUCACAUUUGGAGAGAUGGCACGGGCUACAGACAAUUUUAUCAACUCCUCACAAGUUGGCCAAGGAGGUUAUGGGAAGGUCUAUAGAGGCUGUCUAGCAGAUGGAACAGUAGUUGCUAUAAAGCGUGCUGAGGAAGGUUCCCUGCAAGGCCAGAGAGAGUUCUUAACAGAAAUUGAGUUACUGUCACGAUUGCAUCACCGUAACUUGGUCUCUCUUGUUGGGUAUUGUGAUGGAGCAGGCGAACAGAUGCUGGUUUAUGAGUUCAUGCCAAAUGGUACUCUGCGUGAUCAUCUUUAUGGAAAGUCAAAGGAACCAUUGAGUUUUGCAAUGAGGCUACGCAUAGCAUUGGGCUCGGCUCGUGGCAUACUAUACCUCCACAAUGAUGCCAAUCCAGCUAUUUUUCACCGUGAUAUCAAAGCCAGCAAUAUUUUAUUGGACUCCAAAUUUGUUGCAAAAGUUGCAGAUUUUGGGCUUUCUAGGCUUGCCCCACUUCCAGAUCUUGAGGGAACCAUUCCAGAUCACGUUUCCACCGUGGUGAAAGGCACUCCAGGUUACCUCGACCCAGAAUAUUUCCUUACACAUCAGUUAACGGACAAAAGCGAUGUGUAUAGUUUGGGAGUCGUGUUUCUCGAGCUCUUGACGGGUAUGCAUCCAAUUUCACAAGGCAGAAACAUCGUUCGAGAGGUGAACAAUGCAUAUCGGUCAGGAUUGCUACUCUCAAUCAUUGACGGACAAAUGGAUUCGUGCCCUUUAGAAUGCAUUGAGCAAUUCACAAAGCUAGCUCUUCAAUGCUGCCUCGACCACACAGACGGCCGACCGACCAUGACCGUGGUGGUUCGUGAGCUCGAAAGCAUAUGGCAAAAUAUGCCUGAAUCUGAAAGCCUCGCAUCUCGAUCCAUUGAUCUCUACUCAGCCUCCUCAUCCACUAAAACAAGAAAUGUUUUCACAUCAUAUGAUAUUUCAGGUAGUGACCUUGUUAGUGGUAAUAUCCCUCCUGUUUAUCCUCGUUAACACGAUCGUACUGGUCUUUAUUUUGUCCUUGUUUUUUAUAGUUGUUUAUUUAUGUAUGUUAUAUUAUAAUUUUGGCACAGAGGCUCCUAAGUAGGUCACCUGUCCUGGUAUUUUUGUAUAUGAGCAAAGUUUGUUCUUCUAUUCCUCGAUACCACAUACUAGUAUUUUUGUAUAUAUUGAUGCAUUGGCUUUUCUAUA